AUACACAAAAUGUCGGCGCCCACAGCUGACGCGAAAUGUCAAAAGCAACUUCAAUUCGUGUCAUUUAAUAGUUUCCUAGACUCGGGAUUUUGGCACAAACUCUCGGAAAAUAAACUUAAUGUUUAUGGCUUGGACGAGAGUGAGAGGGCGAUCAACGGAUUUUACUUUAAUGGGGACCCCGUUGGAAUGCCAUGCCGGAUGAACGUAGAAUUUACUGCAUUUGACAUAGAUGCAAAGACACCCCACAGAUGUUUCCCAAUGCAUGGAUUAUUACAAAAUACAAACACAAUUGACAAAUUCAAAGAAUGUGAUAAAAAACAGAUGAUAAAUGAGGCGGGCAAAAAGCUCUGGGAAGCAGUGGUCAGCGGUGAAGCAUUAGAGACUCCAGAUCUCCUGUCCAGGUUUAUCCUUCUCACCUUCGCUGAUUUAAAGAAGUACCAUUACUACUACUGGUUCUGCUUCCCCUGCCUUUGUCCCCCAACAGAAGUGACCCUGAACCAGGAACCAGGCAAACUUACACAGAAAUUUACUCAGGAACAAAUUGCAAACUUUUUACAUUCUUAUGAUGAAUACCAAAGUAGACAACAAACUUAUCAGGGAUACUUCAUUGCUGUUCAUUCCAAGGGAGAAUUCAUUGUAGAUGACAUGAAAAAUCUAAACAAAUAUGGAAAUACACAAGAGGUAUACUUUGGGGUAUGUGACCCCAGCACCAUUGAGAAUUAUCCUGGCUGGCCUCUCAGGAAUCUUCUAGUCCUCAUAGCAUAUCACUGGAAAGGUGAUUUACAGAAUGUGAAUAUACUCUGUGUUAGAGAUAGGAGUCGAGAUGGAUCUCGAGAUAUCUCAUCACACAGCCUCGUACUGUCUCUUAGUGUUCCUGAUAUGAAGGUCAUCACAGAAUGUCCAAAAUGUGUUGGUUGGGAGAAAAAUGAAAAACAGAAACUAGCUCCAAGAUUUGUAAACUUAAGUGCCAGCAUGGAUCCCACUAGACUGGCUGCAUCAGCGGUUGACCUUAAUUUGAAGUUGAUGAGAUGGAGGUUAUUACCAGAACUCGACCUUGACCUUGUGUCAAAGACAAAAUGUCUGCUGCUAGGUGCAGGAACUCUAGGGUGCAAUGUGGCAAGGUGCUUACUGGGUUGGGGAGUAAGAACCAUAACUCUGGUUGAUAAUGGUAGGAUCUCCUACUCUAACCCGGUACGCCAGUCCUUGUUUGUGUUUGACGACUGUCUCAAGGGAGGAAAGCCUAAGGCUGAGGCCGCCGCCGAGGCACUGAAGAGAAUAUUCCCGGGAGUGGAUGCUAAGGGAUUAAGUCUCUCCAUACCAAUGCCAGGACAUGCAGUUCCAGACAGUGCAAUAGAAGGUGUUCAGAAAGAUGUACAGACAUUGCAGGAUUUAGUGAAUACCCAUGAUGCAAUAUUUUUAUUACUAGACACAAGAGAAAGUAGAUGGCUUCCAACUUUAAUGGCAGCCGAAAAGCAAAAGAUUGUGAUUUGUUCUGCGCUCGGGUUUGACACAUACCUAGUGAUGCGGCAUGGUGUCAAGUCAGACACUGAGGGUGGAGAACCAGUUUCUCUGUCGUCUUAUAACUCCAUACCAGGGGACCAGCUAGGCUGCUAUUUCUGUAACGAUGUGGUAGCUCCAGGAAAUUCAUUAAAAGAUCGCACACUGGACCAGCAGUGUACAGUAUCUAGACCAGGGAUUUCCUACAUGGCUUCAGCUCUGGCAGUAGAACUUCUGGUGUCUGUUCUUCAGCAUCCACAAAAAGGAUAUGCCCCUGCAGACACCAGUGCUAAUGAUGAUCACCUGAGUAAGGACUUUGUCAGCGCCCUUGGACUGGUGCCACACCAGAUUCGCUGUUUUGUAUCCAGGUUUCAGCAAGUCCUCCCAGCUUGCAAAGCCUUUGAUAAAUGUACCGCAUGUUCUACUACUGUGAUACAACAAUACAGGAAGGAUGGAUUUGAAUUCUUGAGGAGGGCGUUUAAUGAUCCUUCAUAUUUAGAGGAUUUGACAGGGCUUACACAGAUGCACCAGGAAACAUUGGAUGCUGAGGUGUGGGGAUUCAGUGAUGAUGAAGAAUGUAGCAGCAUGGAACUCUCUUAAUGUGGACCAUGUUUGUUAGAUAAAGACUAUCUGAAAUGUAUAUUUUUCAAUAAUUUAUUAUAGAUGGACAUUUAUCAUUAUUUUUUUUAUUUAUUUCUUAAUAUUUACAUUCUUUUUUUUAAUUACUGUGAUGUAUGAUCUUUCAUAAUGUUGUUAU